UCCUCCUAAAACCAAGAGCUGGAGAGAGUUGAUGAUUAACUGCUGGAUGUGGGGGCAUCAGCUGACACGCCUGUUUUCCAGCUCCCACUGCCUGCUGAAGAAAAGUUUUAAGCCCCAGGUCCUGUUGUGGCCGCUCGGUUUCAGGAAAACCCUUCCAGGUUUGCCACGCUGGCAUAACACAGCAUCAGAAUCCCGAAACGGUGGCUGGAAGUUAAAAGAGGACCACUUGGAGGUGGAAUAUGGGGACACCCUCAUGCGUUUUGACUACGUCUGGCUACGUGAUCACUGCCGCUCAGCAUCCUGCUAUAACACAAAGACCAACCAGCGCAGCCUGGACACUGCUAGUGUGGAUCUGGGCAUCAGGCCCCAGACUGUCCGAGUAGAUGAUACCACGCUCUUUCUCACCUGGCCAGAUGGUCAUGUGACCCGCUACAGCCUGGAAUGGCUGCUGAAGAACAGCUACGAGGGGCAGAAGCGGCAGGUGAUGCAGCCCCGAAUCCUCUGGAACGCCCAAAUCUACCAGGAGGCCCAGGUGCCCUCUGUGGACUGCCAGAGCUUCCUAGAGUCCAACGAGGGCCUGAAGGAAUUUCUCCAGAACUUUUUGCUCUACGGGAUUGCUUUUGUGGAAAACGUUCCCCCAACCAAAGAAGACACUGAGAUCUUAGCAGAGAGGAUCAGCUUGAUAAGAGAGACCAUCUAUGGCAGGAUGUGGCAUUUCACGUCUGACUUCUCCCGGGGAGACACAGCCUACACUAAGCUGGCUUUGGACCGGCACACAGAUACCACCUACUUCCAGGAGCCCUGUGGCAUCCAGGUGUUCCACUGCCUCCGCCACGAAGGGACCGGCGGCCGGACGCUGCUGGUGGACGGCUUCUACGCAGCCGAGCAGGUGCUCCAGCGAGCCCCGGAGGACUUUGAGCUCCUGACCAAGGUGCCGCUCAAGCACGAGUACAUUGAGAAUGUGGGGAGGUGCCACAACCACAUGAUCGGGGUUGGGCCCGUCCUGAAUGUCUACCCAUGGAACAAUGAACUCUACCUGAUCAGGUACAACAACUACGACAGAGCUGUCAUCAACACCGUGCCCUACGACAUGGUCCACCGCUGGUACGCUGCACACCGCACACUCACUGCCGAGCUGAGGAGGCCGGAAAACGAACUCUGGGUCAAGCUGAAGCCGGGCAAGGCCCUGUUUGUGGACAACUGGCGCGUUCUGCACGGCCGGGAGUCUUUCACGGGUUACCGGCAGCUCUGUGGUUGCUACCUGACAAGAGACGAUGUGUUGAACACCGCCCGCUUCCUGGGGCUGCAAGCCUGAUCCUGCCCGGACGCCUGGUGGUGGGCGGCCGAUCCAGGGAAAGGAGAGCAUUUGGAAUACCUCACAGACCCGGCCUCCCGUUGCAAGAGGAGGAGAGGUCCCCACAGCAUUACUUGAUUGUCAGCCAUCCAGCACUCUCCGUCGCCUUUUUCCUCCCACACACCGCUCUGUGCUCCCUGAUUGUCUGGCUGUCUUGGAUUUUUAUAGGCACAACCAAUUAGCGCAGCUUGAGUCAGGAUAGAAUCAGUGCCACCACACUCCAGGGUAGCUCUUGUGCCUUUUUGUUGUUGUUGUUGUUCUUGAAACUGACAACGAAACCGGGCUUGCCGGGCAGGUGCACCAAGACUUCAGAACGUAUGCUGUUCUUGGAAAUGCGGCAAUCUCUGUUUUGCAAAGAAUGUCAGAUGCAACAAAACUGAUCCAUAGGAUCAGAAAUUGAUCCUCCCUCUCCCAUUUUCAGACAUUUCCAAAAAUGCACAAGUGCCGGUGUUUGAAGAGUUAGGCUUCUCCGCGUCUUUUCUCUCUACUGCCUGCUGGUGGCCUAAACUCGCCAUGCUGAUGAGGAAGCUGCUUCGGGAAAUGUGGGAAAGGGAGGGAGGCGAGCUGUUAAACUGGGGAAGGAAGUUCGUGCUCGGCACCCUUCUUUCCCAGAUCUGUAAAGCGCAUUUUGGCCCUUAUAAAGCCGUCUCACUUUC